AGAUCUUACUAAAUUAUUUGAAAAUUCGUUCAGUAUAUAUUAACUUUAUGAGACUGAUUUUUGUAGUAUUCAAAUCAAAGAUUGAAUAUUAACCAAAUUUUACGUUCUGUUAUCUCACGCUGAUAAAUAUCAUCUUCAAAUACAAUAAAAUAUGUUGACGGUUGGAAUUAAUGGAUUUGGAAGAAUUGGAAGAAUGUGUUUACGUGUGUGCCUUGAGCAAGAUAUUCAAGUAAAUUUAAUCAACGACCCAUUCAUUUCAACGGAUUAUAUGCUGUACCUAUUCAAAUACGAUUCAACUCAUGGCACUUACCCAACAUCAAUGGAAUGUGAAAAAUCAACAAUCAUCAUUGGAAAUAAUAGAAUAGCUACUUCACAAGAAAAAGAUCCUCUGCAAAUAAAAUGGAAAAAUUUUAAUGUCAAUUUUGUUAUUGAAUCCACUGGAGUGUUUACAACCUUACACAAAGCCUCAAUGCAUAUUGAUGCAGGCGCAAGAAGAGUUGUAAUAACGGCUCCUUCAAUAGAUUCUCCAAUGAUAGUUUACGGAGUUAAUCAUUAUUGUUAUGAUCCAAAGCAUAGCAGUAUCAUUUCAACAGCUUCUUGCACUACUAAUUGUGCUGCUCCAAUUAUCAAGGUGAUGGAUGAAAACUUCGAAGUAUUAGAAGUAAUGAUUACAAGCAUUCAUGCCACCACAGCUACCCAGAAAACAGUGGAUGGCCCAACUGGACAGUUGUGGCGAGAUGGCAGAGGAUGUCUUCAGAAUAUUAUUCCAACAUCGACUGGUGCUGCCAAAUGUCUGUCUAAAGUGAUUCCAUCUCUGAGAGAUAAAGUUUCUGCGAUUGCAUUUAAAGUUCCAGUUGCUAAUGUUUCAUUAUGUGAUAUGACAUUCAGAAUUAAUAAACCAGCAAGCUAUGAAGAAAUCAAAACAGCAAUGAAACUAGCAUCAGCAAACGAACUCCAAGGAAUACUUCAUUACACUGAAGAUGACGUUGUAUCAUCAGAUUUCAAUCAUACAAAAUAUUCUUGUAUAUUUGAUGUAAAAGCUGGUAUUCCUCAAACAGGCACUUUUAUAAAAAUUGUUGCUUGGUAUGAUAAUGAAUAUGGAUACGCAAACAGAAUUAUUGAUUUAAUCAAGUUUAUGUAUGAUGUAGACAUGGGAAAAAGCUGCCCACCUCUUGAAGAUUUGAUUUAAAAAAAUAAAAUAUGAUAUAUUAUGAUAAUUAAAUAAAUAAUGUGGGAUUCAAAAGUCCAUAAAAAAUAUUUUGACUCAGCAUUUUUAAAAAUUUUCUGCUAUAUUAAUUAAAAUUAUAGGCUCAUAGUACUAGAAUCUCAAGUAAAUUUAUAAUUGACUGAUUUAGAGAAAAUAAUGUACAAUGAUUUUGUAAAAAAUUACAAUUUAGUAGAGAUGGAAAUUUCUUUAAAGUGACAUGUUAAGUGCAGAAUUAAAUAAUCAUCAAAUUCACUUUUAAAAAUACAGAGGUAAUCGUUGAAGUUCUGACAAGUGUUUGAUUUAUACCAAUGUUUAACCAUGACUUUGAGA